AUGUCUAGGUUUAUCCUUACCAAAGACUUUGUUGGGAAAGCAUUCCUUCUUCUUACCGAAGUACAUGACCAGGUUGUCCGCAACUGCUUCUUUGCCGACUUUGUCACACCAGACGUAAUAUGGACAAUGGCUGGUAGUGCACACUCUUUGGCAGGCACUCGUCACUCGCUCCAGUCACAUAUGGACGCUACGUUCAACCACUUGAGGAGGCGACUACAAGAACUUAUCAAGUUCGUUGUCACAAAGAUUAUAGUCGACACAGAACGUAGUGAGGACGGAUGGUGGGCUUGCAUCGAGGCUAAAGGCCAGGCCACGAGAAAGACGGGACACGCUUAUAACAAUGACUAUAUAUGGCUAACACGGUGGAAUGAUGAGGGCAGAAUUGCGGAGGUAAGGUAUUAUUUUGACACUAUGCUGUCGGAGCAAGUCUUGCAGGAAGCUGGGAACACUAUGGGCUUGGCUCAGUAA